AUGUCUACCGAUCUCAAGCCCCUCCGCAUCGUCAUGGCCUGCGAUGAGGCUGGUCAGCCCUACAAGGAAACUCUCAAGGCCGCCUUGGAGAAAAGCCCGCUGGUCGACUCUAUCCUCGACGUAGGCGUCAACUCCACUACAGACAAGACAGCGUACCCUCAUCCCGCUGUUGCUGGCGCCAAACUCAUCAAGGAGGGCAAGGCAGACCGCGGGCUGUUCAUCUGCGGCACUGGUCUCGGGGUCGCUAUCUCUGCCAACAAAGUACCCGGGAUUCGUGCUGUGACGGCUCACGACUCCUUCUCCGUCGAGCGCUCAAUCCUUAGCAACGAUGCUCAGGUGCUCUGCUUCGGCCAGCGCGUCAUUGGUAUUGAGCUUGCCAAGAAGCUCGCCAACGAGUGGUUGACCUACCGCUUCGACCCCAAGAGCGCCUCCGCCGAGAAGGUCCAAGCUAUCUCCGACUACGAAGCCCAAUUCUUCAGUCAAGCUGCUGCCGCUCAGUAG